AAAUGUAAAUUGUCCAUCACUAUCGAUUGGAAUCAUGUGGCUUUGCACAGCGCCGUGGAGGGUUAUGUCAACUUUGAAGUCGGAUAGAUUGUCUUAUUUCGUUAUUUCCUAUUUGCUGGCCAUCCUAACGAAAAGUACCCGGGAGUGGCAUGACCUGGACAACACCGAGUAUGACUGCUGGCCUUUGGAAAACCCACAUGAGUACAACAUGAUAGACUGCCAGGGUUUGGAGAUGGCUUGGGUACAGAGACCUUCGGAGAGGGUUCUGAGUGGUGAAGAAUUCAAUGUGACCUACGCAGUGACAGUGAACAAUCAUUUUUACCACUGGGCGGUGGAGAGCGGUAUUCUCUCACAUGGUGAUGCUAAAGAAGCAAAAGCAUUCUGUGAAGAGAAAGAGUGUCCCUUGAACUGGAAGGAUGCCAAUGAAGACAACUGCUGUGUUCAUCAUGCCAACAUACAUUCCUGCCCUUUGGCAUUCAUGGUGAAAGAGGGGAUUUGUGGUCCUUGGAUCCCAGAUGAUGGUCAGAUAGUAACUCACACUGUGUCAAAAGCAGGAAAAAUGAGUCAAAUGAAUUGGACUGCCAAGGUGGUCCUUGUCCAUCUUGGUGUAACCUCCCUGAUAGCUCACAUAAAGGUAGGACGAAUGCAAGCUGCAUUGGAGGCAAAAACCUUGGUGCUACCUGCAAAAGUCUGUGGAGAUGACAAUUGCGAUGAAGAUGAAACAUGCUCCACGUGUCCAGCAGACUGUGGUGAUUGUACUGCGACCAUCAAAAUUGCCAUAAGUUUCCCCAUCUCGCUGGUCUGCACUGGUUUGAUCCUCACCAUCGCGUGGUUCCAGUACCAAAAGCAAAAGAUGUUGUGGGAUGAAAGCUGGAUAAUCGACUUCAAUCAAAUUAAGCAAGACCAUACCAUGCUGGGCAGUGCCAUCAGCAUCCCCAAUGGAGCAGUGAUUCCAAUGCCAGCUGCAUCACUACCAUCAGCUCUUGUACAGGAGCUCUCAAUGCAUCAAGGAAGCAAUCCUUUCCUUGUUUGCACAUUGGCUCCAAGUGAUGGUCGAACAGUUGCCAUCAAGAAGAUAAAGAAGAGAACUUUCACCCUUUCAAAAUCCAUUCGCAAAGAGGUGAAGCAUAUCCGGGAACUUGAUCACCCAAACCUCUGCAAGUUUAUCGGUGGCUGCAUUGAACUUCCAAACGUGGCAAUAAUAACAGAAUACUGCCCAAAAGGCAGCUUGAACGACGUGUUGCUCAAUGAAGACAUCCCAUUAAACUGGGGCUUCAGAUUCUCUUUUGCGACUGACAUCGCCAGAGGGAUGGCCUACCUUCACCAACGUAGGAUUUACCACGGCAGGCUAAAGUCCACCAAUGCAGUGAUUGACGAUCGGUGGGUUUGCAAACUUGCAGAUUUCUGCUUGCCAAUUUACAGGAAAGAGGAUUUUGCUGAUCCCCCUAGUACCUACCGACAGAGGUUGAUUCAAGUAUACUUACCUCCUGAGGCCCAAAUGGCAUCAAACUUUGAACCCACCCCUGCUGCAGAUGUAUACAGCUAUGCCAUCAUUCUAUUGCAAAUUGCGACCAGAAGUGACCCUGUGCCGGUAACAGAAUCUCUCAUGAGCUGUGGGUGGUGCAGUGCCCCACCUUUACCAGAAUUAAUAAGUGAAAAAUCAGAAAAUGCUUGUCCUUGUCCCUCCGAAUAUGUCAUGCUGAUUAGGAAAUGCCGAGCACAGAAUCCAACUUACCGCCCCUCGUUUGAACAAGUCAAGAAGUACCUGCACAAGAUCAAUCCCAAUAAAGUCAGCCCUGUGGACAUGAUGAUGACUCUGAUGGAGAAGUACAGCAAACACCUGGAAAUAUUAGUGGCCGAGAGGACACAGGACUUGGUCCAUGAGAAACAGAAAACCGACCGCUUGCUUUACAGUAUGUUGCCAAAGCAGGUAGCUGAUGAUCUAAGGCAAGGAUCAUGCUCAAGCCAGAACUAUGCCAGUGCCACAAUAUUCUUCAGUGAUAUAGAAGGCUUCACACAGCUGUCAAGCAUGAGUACGCCAUAUCAAGUUGUAGAAUUGUUAAACAAAUUAUACACAACCUUUGAUGAAAUCAUAGACAAUUAUGAUGUCUACAAAGUAGAAACUAUAGGAGAUGCAUAUAUGGUGGUUUCAGGAGUGCAGGAAAAUGGCAUUGCCCACGCAAGUCAGAUCGCAAGUAUGGCCCUGGUGGUAGCUGUGUGUAACACUUUCAAAAUUCCACACAAACCACAGACUAAACUCAAGAUUCGGGCCGGAAUCCAUUCAGGACCUGUGGUUGCUGGUGUGGUUGGGACAAAGAUGCCUCGUUAUUGCCUGUUUGGCGACACGGUAAACACUGCUUCAAGGAUGGAAUCAACAAGUGAAGCACUGAAGAUACAGUGCAGUUCCAGCACAUAUAGUCUACUAGAGCAGUUUGGAGGAUACAUCUUAAUAUGUCGUGGCACAUUUCAAAUAAAGGGGAAGGGCAACAUGGUGACCUACUGGCUUGAAGGGAAGCAAAGUUCAUCGUCGAACACAUCAGCAAGUACACCAACGAAGACACCACUGAACAAAGUACAACCAGAAAACAUCACUGCCAUCCCAGAGUCAGAGAAAGAGAUGUACAGUGCCAUUCCUGGGUUAUUGGACACUGAUCUUCAAUCCACCUCCUGGUAGCCCACAUCCAGUGAGUUUGAGACCACCAAGUAGAUGUCAUUUAAUGUUUUCAGCAAUUCAAACCCUCCAUAGACUCUUCUUGAGGGGCAGUCCUCACGGGUUCAAAUCUCACACCCACACCUCUGGGCCAUGAGCAAUUACUAACUAGUUAAUGAAAGAACAAUACAAUGGAAGACACUUGUAAUAUUAGGGACUACAUUACAAAACAAAGAUUUGUAUUUUUAUUGUUGUUUUUGUGGCUUCAGAUCAUCCAAAGUGCUUUACAGAUAAUGAAGUACUUUUACAGUAUGUUUAUUGUUGUACUGUAGGAAAUAUGACAAUCAAUUUGUGAACAGCAAGCUCCCAAUCACAGCAGUAUGCUAUUACCAGAUAAUCACUUUUAGUGGUGUUGAGUGGGGGAUAAAUAUUAGCCAAGGUACCAGGGAAAGAACCACUCUGCUCUUCUUUGGGAUCACUUAGGAGAGCAGAUUGGGUCACCAUGUUACACUUCUGCUUUGGCUGAGAUGUUUAACAUCUCACCCAAAAGAUGAUCCCUCUGACAGUGUGGCACUCCCUCAGUACUGCAUCUGAUUUUUGUCCUCCGGUCUCUGGAAUGGGAUGUGAACUCCACAACCCUCUGACAAAGCAAAAGCUCAGCUCAUAACUCUCCCAUGCAACUGCUUUGGUGAGGUACAUUUCCCGAUAUCACAAUCCCAAUGGAAGGC